ACGUCACAGCAUGGAUGGAAAAAUUGGGAGUUGGCGAAUACGCAUCAAAAUUUGGCAAUAAACAUUGGAAAGAAAUUAUCGAAAUGGGUCACGAAGAUUUGGAAAUGAUCGGAAUUAAUUCAAGUAGAGCCCGUAAAAUAAUGUUGGAUAACUUUUGGAAAGUCAAGAAAGUUUUGGCUGUCAAAGAAGAUUAUCUUUUGCAAUUACCAAAGUCUCUCUUAAAUCUAACUGAUGAAGAAGAACGUCAACUGUCAAAAGAAGAAAGGUUUAAACUUUAUUAUACUUAUAUUAGAGUCGAUUUCAAACUACUGGAAGACUUUCCUGCUUGGCUAAAGGGAUUGAAAUUAGGGCGAUUUGAAUCAAACUUUAAGGGAAUGAAAUGGAAAGAUAUCAUCCAAUUAGAUGGGGAUGAAUUAGAACAACUGGGUAUUAAACCAAAUGCAAUACGUAUAUUGCUACUUAGAAAUUUUCGAAGGAUCAUGAAAGUUAUGGUAAUAUGA